AUGGCUGACCUCAACACUAAAAUCGACCUCGGCAUCCUCGCUCCAGGGCUUAAGUUUUCGAUCACUAGUGUCGACGUUAUUCUUGAGAAGGGGCCAUUCUUUGGAGAGUUUAUCGGUUGGGGUAUCAACGGUAAUAAAUUCAAGAACCAAAAGAACGGCCUGAAUCUUGCUAGCGGCAAUCUAAGGCUACCUUUGCAAGUCCCCAAGAUUGCAAAUACUCCAGAGGCUCCGGCCAAUAUCGGAACCGUCAAGUUCGGAAGAGAAGUUAGUCCCACAGAAAACGUCUCACCGGGCCGAAUCGAAAUCGGCUUUCAGGUCGUGGGAUCAGUAGCAUUGAAGAAGGGUGCCAAACCCCAGCCAUGUGGAUACAAAGGCUAUAUCACUAUCACUCCAACUGAAUGGGGCCGUAUUCAGCGCCCAGAUGGUGUUCAAAUUGCUUACGGCUUCAUCGGGCAGCCUCCUAGGAGCACCUUGAUCGGAGUCCCCAAUCUUCGAGAUACCCAUGAUCUUAAGUUCGACUUUGUCAUCGGCCCGGAUAUGAAGAUAGCAAUGACACCCAGCCUUGACACUUCCCUACUUAACAAGAUUAGUGGUGGUAUUAUUGACGUUGCUCUCCAAGCGCACCAAGAGGCGGCAAACUUUGCCAUUGGCGAUAGGGUUCCAGGCCUUGUGGAAGGUGUAAAUAUCAUCGGUACCAUUCCAGGAAACUUCAGACGCAUUAAAAGGCAGUAUAGGGCUUAA